ACCUUUCAAGACCUGAAGCUUCAUUGAUCGAUAGAGGCCAGAACAGCCAUCAUGGCUGUAGCUCCACGCUAUGUGUUGCCGCAAAUAUCGCGGCGCCUAACCAGCGUGGGGCCAAGACAGCUCACCACGCACUCCGUCGUUGCUGCUGGACGGACGAGAAGAACGGAGAAGAGUGCUCCUCAACACAAGGCCUUGGAUCUUGCAGUCCCAGCUUCUCAUGCCUCGAGCAUCGCGCAGCAUAGAAGAUUUUCUGCGACGCCGAUUCGGCCACGCGAUCACCACUUCGAUACGCUAAAGUUCGUGCAGAGGUUGAAGGAUGAGGGCUUCACUGAAGAGCAAGCGGAGGCAAUGAUGAAAGUGCUCAGCGACGUUAUUGAGGAGAGCAUACAAAACUUGACCCGAACCAUGGUCCUUCGGGAGGACCAAGAACGAGUAACAUACACGCAGAAGGUUGACUUUGCAAAACUACGCUCUGAACUGCUGACUGCAGAUUCAACGGAAUCAUCGCUGACAAGGGCGUCACACGAAAGGCUGACAAACGAGCUCGCGAAGCUCAACUCUAGGCUGAGAGACGAGGUGCAGCGGACGCAAGCUUCGCUCAGGCUGGACUUGAAUCUCGAGAAAGGCCGCAUAAGGGAGGAAGCGAAUGUGCAGGAAUUGAAGAUCAAGGAGACGGAGACGAGAAUAGAGCAAGAAACUGCGGUGCUGCGGGAAAGACUGGAGGCGGUCAAGUUCCAAACUCUGCAGUGGCUGAUUGGUGUAUGCACUGGCACAGCGGCUCUGAUCCUCGCUGCGUGGAGGCUCUUGAUAUGAAACCGUCGCGUCCGCGCGACGAAUUGUUUAUGCGUAGCGGAGGAGAGGCUUUGGUCUGUAAUCUAGCCAAGGUUCAGCGAAGAUCUGCUGGGUGUCACCGUUGAUGGCCGCCUAGGCUGGGGGCGGUUUAGUUGGAUCACACGUCGAUGAGGCGCUAAAUCAGCCCCGGACCUUGCCAAUCUGCAUAUGAAACAUGGCCAACGUCCAAUCUCGUGCCGCGAGGAAGAGACUUUUGGGCAACAAGCCACGAUAUAAGAGCCAGUUAAGCACAGCAAAGCGAAAUCACAACGGGGAGGGCCAAAAUAGGAUUGGAGUGCAGGAUGCCAGCUCAACGAGACGCUGGAUGAGCUCAUGAUCCCGGACACGUCGCUCGCGACCUCACGAGGGCUGCCGUGGGGUGCGUCGACGGCUUGCAGACGGCGACAUAUGGCACGAUAGGUCCCGCUAGCCGGCAAAAAGACCACAACGUGAUGUCUUUCGUUUGUAGAGAAAAUUUCAAGCGUGUUGGGCUUCGUCG